UAUGUGUCAAAUUUUGCUUUUGUGUUGUUCGUAAAUAUUGAACAUCCACAUCAGUAUUGAAAUUAAUUAAUACCUAACAUAAUUAUUAUUUAUUAAAUGGCAUGAAAAUAGUUCUCGAAAAAUAUUGGAAACAUGGAAGGAACUUUGUGGAAAUGGACAAAUUAUUGGAACGGCUGGCAAACGAGAUGGUUCGUUUUGAAGGAUGGUAUUUUAAGUUACUAUAAGUCCCAAGAAGAAGUUUCACAAGGAUGUAAAGGCUCAAUGAAAGUACAGGCUUGUGAAAUCAAUGUAAAUGUAUUGGAUAAUACAAGAAUGGAUUUGGUGAUACCUGGUGAGCAGCAUAUGUAUUUGAGGGCUGCUACUUCACAGGAACGCCAGCAAUGGCUAGUUUCAUUAGGAAGUUCAAAAGCAUGUGUUAGAAAUAGAAAAGAUAUAGUUGAAGUUAACCCUGAUGCUCUCAAAACAAAAAAGUCUGAACUUCGUUUAUACUGUGAUUUGCUCAUGCAACAAGUCCAUUUAAUUAAAACAGCCUCAAAAAAUGAAAAUUCAUCCGAAUUUCAGCAAGUAGAUGAAGCCACAAAAAUGUUGGGGGCAACUUGUGAUACUUUCAUAAAAACAUUAGAAGAAUGCAUGAAAUUGACAAGUGCAAAUGUCAUAUUUGAUCCACCCAUUAGCAGUGAAACAAUUUUACCACCAAAUAAUGCAAAUUCUACUGUUAAAAAGAAAAGUCUUACAAAAGCGGAGGAAACCUAGAGUGACAUUAGACUGGAUUUUUUAUUAACCUUCAUAAUAGAAAUUUAAUGGAAGACGAUGUUCUCAUAUCUGUUAUUUAUUAUUGUUAUAUACAUAGACUUGAUGUUGAUAAUCCUAAUUGUGACUUAAUUUGUUAUUUUUCCUAUGUUUAAGUUAUGAAUACAUUUUAUAUUUUAGAAUCAUUCCUUGAUUUGACAUAUUUAUGAUUAUGCAUUUAUUCUCGAAUAAAUCGUUAUUUUUCUUAGGAAAUUAUUAUUGUGUAUUGGUUUAUGCAUAUUUAGCCUAAAAUGUCUAUGAAACUUAUUGUAUGAUUUUAAUUUGCAUUCCAUACUCCAUUUAGUAAAAAUGAAGUUGUCAGGAAAGUUAUUUCUUCCAAUAGUAAAUGACAUGUGAUAUUGUUUGUGUGGCAGAAAAAAUUCUAUUCCAUGUUGAUUUUCAGUUUUUAAUUUUAUUUAUCGAAUUUUGUUUGUUUGUAUUCAAGAUAUAUCGUAACUACCGAAAAAAUCAAUUAAAACAUAACCUUGA